CUAGUUAAUAAAUAGCCUCCAAUGCAGUCUUGUUAUGGCUUCAGAAUUAUCUGUCGAUGCUGUUCGUGACUUCAUCGUGCUGAAUGAUGGGAAAGUUAAAAACACAACUCUCGUAGCUCAUUUCAAAAAGUUUUUAAAUGAUCCUCAAAAAAAGUCAGAUUCACGGCAGAGAUUUAAGGACUGUGUGAAUACAGUUGCUGUCGUGAAAACGGAAAAUGGAGAGAAAUAUGUGCAAUUGAAAAAAAAAUAUCGUACAGCUGCACCGAUAACUGCCUCGUCCUCUACUUUGCCUGCUCCCGAGGUUACCGAUCAAAACAGCACACAAGCGUCGCCAAGCCAUAUUUCUUCAUUUGAUGCACCUAUUGUGCCGGAAUCCGAACAACCUGUUUUACAUGGAGGAUAUUCUGCCCCGAUUACGUACCGUGACACGCAAGAAUUUAAAAAUGAAGAUAGUGAAGAAUAUCCUGUGUUAACAUUUGGGCCACCAGGUGGCGAUCAAACACAACAAGUCGACCCACAAGUUUCAAGCCCAGAACAUCGCAAAAAUGAACCGGACUCUUCAAUUACAAGCAAUGAGCCUCCCGGACCAUCUAUGGAUUCGAGCGGGGUUUUUCGCGUUCCGCUACCACCUGGCGACCGUAAAUCGAAUUCCGAAACCCCACGACGACCUUCACAACCUCACCUGGUACCGAAUGGCGCAGUAGAGCAAGCUCGGCUAAAUUUUCAGAACAAUUCUGGUGAGGAUACUUCGUCAAUUAUGCAGUCUGAGGCAUCUCUUGAUAGCAACAAAGAAAAUGAAUUUGACGAUGACCGUCAGGGAGGUCAGUUUUCAAUGGAUCCCUUAGAAAAGCAGUGGAUGCUAAUGGCAGCGAAAGGCGACAUGGUAGAGCUCAGGAAACUUUUGAAUAAGGAUCCAAACUUAGCAGAAAAGAAAGACUUUGUGUUUGGGUACACUGCUUUACAUUGGGCAGCGAAAAAGGGGAGCGUUGAUCUGGUGCGAAUGUUUGGAGACACGGGUAUAGACGUUAAUAGUAUAUCAAACGGUGGUUACACAGCCAUGCAUUGCGCUAUGCAUGGGCAUGAGAAAGUAGUUCAAGUCCUGGUGGAAGAAUAUGAGGCAGAUGCACACAUUCGUAAUUUACUCUGGGGAAACAAAGUUAAAGACUAUUUACAAUUCGGCGCAAUAUCUUUGUCAAUUCAAAAAUUAUUAUUUGGAAACGAUGGCACUGGUUCUGUAAGAGAUUUCGCAGCGGGUUUACGACCUCGACUUGAUUCUGUCCGUAAAUCGAAACGCCUCGGAAAUGCUAUAAGUGGAGGUGUCGGAGUUCUCGGUGCUCUUGUACGAGGGAAGUCAACUUCAUCAGAAGAUGUUACAAGUAUUUCAUCAGCAAGUCCAAGUAUUGGUCGAAGAGGAAGUUUUAAAUCGAAAGUGAAAAAGAAAAGUCGAAAAUGGAGUAAAGAAGAGAGGCCAAGCAUAAGUAUAGUGUCCUCAAAUUCAGCGAACUCAGACGAAAUCGAAGCAGGGUUCGUCGUACCAAGAACAACUUCCUCAGCGCAUGAAGGAAUGCGACGUGGACAUUCUUCCUCCCCCAGUUUUCCAAGGCCUAACUCAUCCCGAGACCCCGGUCAUCGACCCAGAGGCGAAUCAUCAGCAUCUAAGACUAAGAGAUAUGAUCAUGGAGACAGCGAUCGUUAACAAAUAAUUGCUGGGUAUAUUUGGUGGUUCUUCUAUAAAUAUAUUGGUCAACGGUUCUUAAGCUUUCAUGAUGUGUGGCCCACUUCCUAAGGCUUUCAACACUUAUGGCCUCCUACACCUACUCCUUUAACCAGUUUUUCUUUCAUAUCUUCAUCAGUUACUUUAUGCGCCACGUUUAAUAAUAAAAAGCCAUAAUUUGAAAACAAAAAAACAAUUAAAUUGAAUAGUUCGGUCAAUUUACUUUAAAUCAAUAUAGGCAAUAAGCGUCUCAAACCACAGUAUACUUCGUCAGGGCCUUUGCUUGUGACCCUCAGUGAACCACUGCAUGAGGGAACGGGGUUCCUAUUUUGGAAACUAUGAUAUAUAUUAUUCAUCAUAGGCAGAACUUGUAAUAUCUAUGCGAGAAAAUUAUUUCAAUUUUUUACAAUUUCCUUUUAGUUUCUAGUAACAUGCAUUAUUGUGUUGGAGUUCUGAACAUUCAGAACUGGCUACAUUUUAUCAUUAUUCACAAAUAUUCAAUGGCUGUGACUGUGGUGUGUGUUUUUAUUGGUUUUUCAAUGAAAGUACAUAAAGAGUAAAAAAUUGACAAAUAACCAGAAAUCAACUAUAGAUAUUAGAACUCAUAUUAUCCCUGCUCACCUGACCUCCAUUUCUGAGCCAAUUUCUACCUUUUUGUGUCAAUCGGUACGAAGCACCUUAGUUCUCUCAUUUUGUAUAAAGGAUUAGGGGCUAUUUAGCGUGAUGUAUACUGCGGCAUAUGUUGCCAACACCUUACGUGGCGCUCCAGAAGUGUGUGUAGGGGGUGUAUUCACUUGGCCAACACAGACAGUCCCCGGACUCGUAAUAAAACUAAAAUUAGG